AUGUAUUUUGUCAUUGAAGAGUGGAAAAAUGUGAUUAUAAAGCCUAGCCAGUUAGGGCCUAAAUAUCAGCAGUAUAUUGAGGAUAUGUUACGAAAUAGUAUUGAAGGGCAAUGUACUGAAAAAUAUGGAUAUAUUAUAUGUGUGAUUAGGAUUAUGCAUAGUGAACCGGGAAGAGUUCAAGAUGGUACAGGGAUGAUUGUAGUUAAAGUAAAAUAUCAAGCAAUAGUUUUCAAACCAUUUAAGGAUGAGGUUCUCGAUGCAAUCGUUACGGACGUAAAUAAAUUGGGAUUUUUUGCGCAAGCAGGACCAUUAAAAAUAUUUAUAUCAAGAACUGCUAUUCCCAAAUAUUUUGAAUAUACAGAAGAUGCUCAUUACCCUUGUUUUUCAUCAGGUAGCCAUAAUAUAAAGCCACAAACAACGGUCAGGUUAAAAUUACAAGGUAUACGAUAUGAUUUAUCAAAUAUGUUUGCAAUUGCUACUAUUAAUAAUGAAUAUCUUGGAUGUAUAGAAUCAAAUACAUUGCAAGUUAUGUAG